CAAGGCUUCAACCAAAUGUUCGAAAUUCUAUCACAUUAUUAUUAUAACACAACCCCCAUGCUUGAACUGUAUUAAAUGAUGCCGAAUAUCAGCUAACGAGUCUCUAGUUCUCAUUUUUUGAUAAGUCUUCAUCGCCCAUAUAAACUGACACUGUCAUCGUGAAGUAUUGACGGUUCCCUCUACAUUCAGUUGAACACCACCAAGCCCGCGUUUCCUUACCAAAUGACUCAAAAUUCCAGGAUCAGUUCCCGCCAUGGUUUCCGACCCAGUCGAAUUGCCGUUUAUCCCCGAGUACGGUACGGAGUACCCGUACGACAAAAACUUUAGAGUUACUUGGUUCGAGGCAAACUUCUCGCAGGCCCACUACAAGGUCCACAAUGCUAGCAGGGGGAGCAAUGCUUGUACUCUCAUCGCUGUACUUAUGGCUGCCAAGUGUAACAAGUCUAAAUUGAUGGUAAAUGAUCCAGGAGAGAGUCUGAAUAUGAGACUGAUCCUGUUGUUGGCAGAAAGUAUGCUUGAGGGCAACAAAAUUCACGAUUAUUUGAAGAUGAAACAGUUGAUCAAACAUAUCAAUCUGAAUGUUCCUGAAGCUAUCAAGUAUGCCGGUCCUAUAGCCAAAACUAUGGUGGAAUGGAAAAGCGAAAUUUAUACGGAUCUGUUGUCAAAAUCAUUGUAUAAAAAUAUAAUGGAAAACUGGAGAGUAUGGCGGGGGCGCCUUUACGGAUAUGACUUGUAUGUUAUCUUAGUAGCCGAUUCUCGAACAGUUGUUUUCAUCAUCCAGUCAAAAAGUGACACGGUAACACUGGUAGACUCUCACGCGCACGGCCCUGAUAAAGGUGCGUUCAUAGCCGUUGCGAAGUUAAGAAAACUUAAGCACCUCUGCAAAUGGUACAGCGACGUUAUGUACACGCACUACCACUCUGAACCUCAACGGUAUGAACUGUCAUUUUUAUUCUUCAAUAAAUAAUGUCUUAUUAUUGUA